AUGCACAAACCUAACCCAUGUUAUGCAAACUUGCAUAAUCUGGUCUCUAUUCCUACUGAGCCAAAGUCUAUCAAGUCUGCAAGAAGUCAAUUUGGUUGGUCUGUUGCAAUGGAAGAAGAACUAGCUACACUUGCGGCUAAUAAAACUUGGGAAUUGGUUCCAAGAACUAUUGACAUGAAUGUCAUUGGCUCAAAGUGGGUGUAUGAGGCUAAGCUAAAAGUAGAUGGCACACUUGAAAGACUUAAAGGAAGAUUAGUUGUCAAAGGGUUUAGUCAAUUGGAUGGUUUGGACUUCUCAGAAACAUUUUCUCCAGUUGUGAAGCCUACUACUAUAAGGGUGGAUCUCACUCUUGCCACUAUUAAAAAUUGGGGUACUGCACAGCUUGGCCUACGAAUCAUCUCCAGCAUCACAUUAGAUCUCUAUGGGUUUUCAGAUGCAGAUUAG